GGGAUUCACCUCCACCUUGUCACGAGGACAAGAAGUAUCACUCUUUCCCCGUGUGCUCUGCCUCAUAGUUAUGUCCAUCUGGCCUCACUACUCACCGUUAUAUUAGUUGCAACAGUUGGAAAUUUGUCUCUCUCUCUCUCUCUCUCUACUCUGCAACUCUGUAUAUAUGCAUCUCUCUUUCUCGCUCUCUCCCCUCACUUUCUAGUUUCUACCACUCUCAACUCACGAGCAUCAAAUACACACCUCAUCUUUCUCCACCGUUCACAGGACUUCUUCCUUCUUCCUUCAUCCUCUGUUCCUAUUUCUUCUUCAUAGAAACCAAUAAUCUCUGUUACAGAAUCAUCAUCGCAAUCAAAGACAUUGGGUCCCAAGCAAUGGCACAACUUCAGUACCCUGUUGAACAGAGCUCCUACAAACUUCUCGAGGAGAUCGGCUCCGGUGUAAGCGCUAUAGUCUACAAAGCAAUCUGUGUUCCCAUGAACUCCACCACCGUAGCUAUCAAAGCCAUAGACCUUGACAGAUCCAAAGCAGACUUUGACAAUAUCAGACAAGAAGCCAAAACCAUGUCCCUCCUCUUCCACCCCAACAUCCUUAAAGCCCAUUGUUCCUUCACUGUCAAUCGAUGUCUCUGGGUAGUCAUGCCCUUCAUGUCUGCAGGCUCUCUUCAAUCCAUCAUAAACUCUUCUUUCCCAGAUGGCUUCUCCGAACCCUGCAUCGCUUUUGUUCUCAAAGAAACUCUAAAUGCUCUGUUAUAUCUCCAUGACCAAGGCCACCUUCAUAGAGAUAUCAAAGCUGGUAACAUUCUCAUUGAUUCAGAUGGGUCUGUCAAACUCGCAGACUUUGGUGUCUCUGCUUCAAUCUAUGAAUCCAAGCACACUUCCUCUUAUUCCUCGUCUUCAUCUUCUCUGUUGCUCAAUGAUGUGGCAGGAACACCUUACUGGAUGGCACCCGAAGUGAUACAUUCUCAUACUGGGUAUAGCUUCAAGGCUGAUAUUUGGUCUUUUGGUAUCACUGCCUUGGAAUUGGCUCAUGGUCGACCUCCUCUGUCUCAUCUCCCUCCAUCGAAAUCUCUGGUUAUGAGGAUCACAAGUCGCUUUCGAUUCUCUGAUUAUGAAAAGAAUAAGAAAGAAAAUAACAAGAAAUUCUCUAAGAAUUUCAGAGAAAUGGUGGCAUCUUGUCUUGAUCAAGACCCUUCUAAGAGACCCACAGCUGAGAAAUUGUUGAAACAUCCCUUCUUCAAGAGCUGCAAGAAUGCUGAUUUCUUUGUCAAGAAUGUCUUGUAUGGGUUGCCAACUGUAGGGGAAAGAUUCAAGAAGAGCAAAGUGGAUUACCCAUUACCCGUUCAUGAAGAAAGCUCUGAAGAAGAUUCAUCAUCACUUCAUGGUACCACUGUUAAGCACAGGAGGAUAAGUGGGUGGAAUUUCAAUGAAAAAGAUUUAGAGUUUAACCCUGUUUUUCCAAUGGAAAGGGAAGAUAGUUCCAUUAAGUCCCUCCAUCAUGAACAAAUAGAUGAUUUCAUUGUCAAACGAGUUCGAUUUGGGGGUGAAAUGAUCAUCCAUGAACAUGAGUCUGACCACAGAGAAAAAGAAUGUGUAGGGGCUCACACAACUCCACCAGCUCAAGUUGAAACACAAUUGGUCUCAGGCUUAUCAGAGCUACAACGCAGUUUGGAUGACCAGAGACGGAUGGUGUCUACUCUGUUAGCCACUUGUGGUGGUGGAAAACCAGUUGGUGUUGCAGAGAUGAGUCGUGAAGAACAUCUCCAGAAGAUGGUAGAACAACUGAGGAUGGAACUAGAGCACGAGAAGCUUAAGAGUGCAGCUUUAGAAAUGGACAUGGAGUCAUUGAAGAAGAGGUACGCAGCUGCGGUCAGUAGCAACAACAACAACAACAGCAACAGUGAUCACUCUACCAAAAAUGGCUACAGGUCAGGGUGAUCAUAUGAGCUCAUCUUCUUCCUAUGUGAACAACAACCAAGAAUGUUGUCAAUGGGUUCAGGGUUUGGUACUGGAAGUUGAUCUCAACUUGAGGGUUUGAUGCCUUUAUAGUGCCUGGUUUCCCUUUACCUCAUGAUCGUUCAUCUUUUGAAGCCCUAUGCUCCCUACUUGGAGAGACCUAUAUAAAAAAAUCCUUUGUGAUUUCCAUGUAAUAAACAAGUCAACUUCAAAACCUUUUUUCAUUUGUUUUAUGUGAGAUUCUAAUAUUUUGUUACAAAACAAAAGAGCAACCAAGUGCACAAGGCUCCUGCUCCUGCUGAGUUGUAGGGCCAAAGGUGAGUAGUCUCACCAAUUAUAUUGUAACAUAGUGCAAUAGUGUAACUUAAUCAUUGCGUCAAAGAUUCUAAUUUUUAGUUAGAGAUGCUUGAUGAGAAGAUGCAAAGUGGAAAAAAGGCAAAAUUCUGACUUUUGAGGGUUCACUCAAUCUAUUUGAAAAUUAAUGCAACUCUAAACCUGGGAACGUUUCAUAAUUGGAGAUUUUAUUAUCUUGAGGUAUUUGCUUUGCGGGGUCCUAUGAUUCACUCUUAGAACAUGGAUGACAAACUCUUUAAGGAUCACAAUAAAUGGACAAGGACUACAAACAGAAGAAAUCACAAGUUGUAGCUCUUCAAAACUAUAGGUAGAAACUCUUCAAAUUUUUGAAUAAAAUAUCAAUUAUCAAUUCAACGUCUUUUGUCAAAGAGAUUUGGUACGUAUAUAAACUAUUAUUCCUGAUCUCAAGCCUCCAAAAGAGAUAAAGAAGGAAACUAUCAAAAACAAAAACUAUCUAACGCUAUACAUAGGGAAAUGUAAUCGGGAGAGGGAUAGGUAUACUGCCAGUAUACAAUAAGUUAGUGAAUAUCAUCAAUGGGGGAGCCAAAUGUCAUACAAAAGGGACAAGGGGGAAAUUUCAAAAAGGAGAAGAUAGUGAGAGAGAUACAAUGGAUGUUAACAUACGGUAUACCGGCUGUGCAUACCCAAUCUUUUUCCUAAUAAAAGGGAGGAACUGGUCAUGGCGGGCAGAUUCUAUUUAGUGACUGAGCUUGUGUCAUCUAGUGGUCAGACAUGUGCCUUUGACGUUCCUCGAUUUUUUUUUUUUUUGUUAACCAAAGUAUCCGGGCCAGCUUACGUGCACCUCGACUAAUUCUCAGGGAUACUAGCGCAGCAUCCCACUGCCACGGUCUCUACGAUCUCCUUGAUUCUUUCUAAUCACCUCAAGUCUUUUGAAUUAGAUCUUUGACUAUCAAUUACCUCCUUGAUACAAUUUUGGCUUGCCACAUACCUUUUUAAGUUGAAAAAUUUUUUCCCUUAAAUUCUUGUUUCUAUCAUAGACACUUAUCCUUCACCAAGAUCAAAAUGAACCGGACAAUAUAUUUGUAUAUGUAAAUAAGUAUCCAUAUCCUGGUUCCUGAUUUGUUGACGACAUCCAUAUUGCUAUAUAUGAAAAAAGCAGGUCCAUAGAUGAAGAAAGCUCCGCAGUAGAAGAUUCAUCAUCACCUCAUGGUACCAUGGUUAUGCAUCAAAGGAUAAGUGGGUGAAACUACAAUGAAGAAGAUUUGGAGUUUAACCUUGUUUCACCAACGCAAACGGAAGAGAGCUCCUCCAUUAAGCCCCAUCAGAAAUAAAAAUAUGACUUUAAUUUCAAUCGAGUUCGAUUUGAGGGCGAAAUGAUCAUCCAUGCACGUGAGUCUGGUUAGGGGUGUCAACAGGUCAGGCUUUGUUAAGCCUAAUCGGGGCUUGACCAUUUUGAAAUUCUACAUCGUAAUGGACUACUUAUCUAAUUGGGCUUACAUUGGGCAGACAUGGAACAUUUAAUAUUUCUUCGGUGCUCGAGCUUUCUUAACCAGGCUUUAUCUGCACUACAUGCUUGUUUAACUGUAAAUGGGCUAUGACUAAAAGGUUGUAUGAACGUAUUUUCCCACCUUUCUUCUUAGGGCCAUUUGAGCUUAGAAUAGAGAA